GUUAAGAGACAGAGCCCUGACCCCGAGUAGGUGGCUGUCCGAUCUGUUUCGUUAUAUUUAUAUCAGCACCACCCUCGUCCCCUUCGCAUACGUUCAUUUCGCACCUCCAUUCAUUCAUCAUCUCUCGAUCGAACACAGAGAACAAACCCAAACGAAUACCAGUUUUCUUUGAUCGAUCCAUUCAUGGCUUCUGCCUCCGAAAAGAUAUUGACCUUCUUGUUUGCUCUCGCAACCUAUGUCCAUGGAGGUGUAGGCGAAGGGAUUGUAUGUGAGGAAUUGCCGAAAAACAUCUGCGCCUUCUCCAUAUCAUCCUCAGGACAGAGAUGCACAUUGGAGACGUACGCGGCACAGGACGGAAACGUAGAAUAUCAAUGCAGGACAUCCAACGUGAGCGUGGAGAAUAUGGCUGGUUGGAUUGAGACGGAUGAGUGCAUCCAGGCUUGUGGGUUGGAUAGGAACUCCGUCGGCAUUUCGUCGGAUGCCCUCCUUGAAUCACAAUUCACCGCUCAGCUUUGCUCUAUUGGCUGCUAUGAUAACUGCCCCAACAUCGUCGACCUCUACUUCAAUUUGGCUGCAGGAGAAGGUGUAUUUUUGCCGGAUAUAUGUGAGGCACAACGUAACAACCUGCAUCGUGAAAUGAUCGAACUUCUCAGUAAUGGAGAUGCUCCAUUGAUUGAUUCCUUGACGGACUUUGCUUCUCCCGCUCCUGCUCCAUCCAUAGUAUAAUCGAAUUUCAGAUCCUGUUGUCUCUAUUUAAAAUUUAUGUGCAUCUGCAUCAUCCGGGAAUAAGUAGCAUGUUAACGAAGGAUUUGUUUGGGCUGGGCGAGAAUUUACUGAACUCAUUUACUAUAAAACUUUAUGGAGAGCAUACACAUUUUA